AAUUCAGCAAACAUUGAAAACUUGAACGCCAAAGCGAAAUACUUAAUCAAAGAUUGCGAAUGAUAUUGUUUUUUGUUUUUGUUUUUUAUCGGUAGCCAUAAGUUCAGCUACUACAUGUAUCAAGUGUAUUAAAUCAAAAGCAAUUGGCUGAUGUGCAAUUGUGAAAAAUACGAGGAAAAAGUAACACAACAACUUACACUCCAAUAAGAAAAUAAUAGCCACCAGUGUGUAUAUGUAUGCAUGUAUAUGAGCUUGUGUUCGUUUGUGUGUGUGCGGCCAAUCUGAAGAAGUGACGUUUACAACAAAAAAAUAAUCAAAAUCGGUUCAAAUUUUAAGUGAAAUUUAUUUAAAAAAAAAUACACCUUGUCGUCUUACAACAAUUUCAUGGCAGUUGGAUGUACAUUUGAUUAAAAAACCGACGACGUCGCGUUCGCUCGUCGUUCGUCUUGUCUGCCAAUUUCGCCAUCUUCGUUUAGAACACCAAUAAGAAGAAGAAGAAGCAGAUAUAACGGUGAGUGCUGAAGCAGAGCGCAAAGUGCUGCGACGAGGAGCUGAGCUGAGCUUAGCUAUGCAUCAUCCACGGAGCUAUCGUUGAGAUCACCCCAAAGGGAUAACAGUCAGCAGCAGUCAGCGCAGCAUCACAGCAUUGAAUCACAGCCACAGCGAUCACAGCGACAACCGAGUGCAAGCAGCAACAACGAGUAGCGAGAAGCACAAAGAGCAAAAGAGCAAGUAACGAGUAGCGAGUAACGAUUAACGAGUAAUCAACAGCGUGCAACCAGUAACGAGUAACGAGUAAAGAAGAACAGAGCAGCCCGCCAAAAGGCAUAUUGGUUGGUUGAGGUGACGUGUCAGCAUCAGAAAAUGACACUGACCACAACCACAACACCCCCGGAUAGCAGUAAGAAAAUGGAUGUGAAGGUCCUAAGCGGUGAAGAGAAUCUACCCACAUCAGAGAUGGAUCUGCUGGCCAAACUGGAGGCUGCCAACAAGCUGAUCGAGAGCGAUGCCAAGAGCCUCAACUCGCUGCACUCCACGCACAGUCGCAAAAAUUCCGACACGAGCCAAAUUAGUCUAACAUCAAGCGGCAACUCGGUGGCCGAGGAGGACAUCUGGACGACCUGGGCAUCCAUAUUGAAUGACUGGGAAGGCGCCUUGAAGCGCAAAAAUCCAUGUGUACGUGAAUUGGUGCGUCGCGGCAUCCCGCAUCACUUUCGGGCGAUCGUGUGGCAGCAGCUGAGUGGCGCCGCCGAAGCCGAUAAGAAACAGUAUGCGGAAUACAUUAAGGCGACGUCCGCUUGCGAGAAAGUGAUCAGACGCGACAUAGCACGCACCUAUCCGGAGGUGGAUUUCUUCAAGGAGAAGGACGGCCCCGGCCAGGAGGCGUUGUUCAAUGUGAUCAAAGCGUAUUCGUUGCACGACCGUGAGGUUGGCUAUUGCCAGGGAUCGGGCUUCAUUGUCGGUCUGCUGCUGAUGCAGAUGCCCGAGGAGGAGGCGUUCGCCGUGCUGGUGCAGAUCAUGCAACAGCAUCGCAUGCGUCACAUGUUCAAGCCAUCGAUGUCGGAGCUGGGACUGUGCAUGUAUCAGCUGGAGAAUCUGGUGCAGGAGCAGAUACCCGAUAUGCAUAUACAUUUCCAGCAGCAGGGCUUCCAGACCACCAUGUAUGCGUCCAGCUGGUUCCUCACCCUAUACACGACCACGCUAAAUGUGAACCUCAGCUGCCGCAUCAUGGACGUCUUCCUCAGCGAGGGCAUGGAGUUCAUUUUCAAGGUGGCGCUCGCGUUGCUGCUGACGGGCAAGGAGUCGCUGUUGUGUCUGGACAUGGAGGCGAUGCUCAAGUUCUUUCAAAAAGAGUUGCCCGGCCGUGUCGAAGCGGAUCCGGAGGGUUUCUUCAAUCUCGCCUAUUCGCUCAAGAUCAACACGAAGCGCAUGAAGAAAAUGGAGAAAGAGUACCAAGACUUGAAGAAAAAGGAACAGGAGGAGAUGGUCGAGCUGCGGCGAUUGCGACGCGAGAAUUGUCUCCUGAAGCAGCGCAACGAGCUGCUCGAGGCCGAGAGCGCUGAGCUGGCGGAUCGUUUGGUCCGUGGCCAAGUCUCGCGUGCCGAGGAAGAGGAAACCAGCUAUGCGAUUCAAACGGAGCUUAUGCAGCUGCGACGUUCCUAUCUGGAGGUGUCGCAUCAGCUGGAGAAUGCCAACGAGGAAGUGCGUGGUCUCAGUCUGCGGCUGCAGGAGAAUAACGUUUCAAUCGAUAGCAACAACUCGCGACAGUCAUCCAUCGAUGAGCUGUGCAUGAAGGAGGAGGCGUUGAAGCAGCGCGACGAGAUGGUCUCCUGUCUGCUGGAGGAGCUGGUCAAGGUGCGACAAGGCUCCGCCGAGAGCGAGGAUCAGAUACGCAAUCUGAAGGCCAAGGUCGAGGAGCUGGAGGAGGAUAAGAAGACGCUGCGCGAGACCACGCCCGACAAUUCGGUGGCCCAUCUGCAGGACGAGCUGAUUGCCAGCAAAUUGCGCGAAGCCGAAGCCUCGCUAUCGCUCAAGGAUCUCAAGCAGCGCGUGCAGGAGCUGAGCACACAGUGGCAGCGUCAAUUGGCCGAGAAUCAGCGCAAUGAGCACACCGCUGCCUCGGUGGAUUCCACGCCCAAGAAACUCUUGACGAAUUUCUUCGACAACUCGAAGAGCACCGAGCACACGCAAAAGCUGGAGGAGGAGCUGAUGACGACGCGCAUACGUGAGAUGGAAACGCUCACCGAGCUGAAGGAGCUGCGACUCAAGGUGAUGGAGCUAGAGACACAGGUGCAAGUGUCCACGAAUCAGCUGCGUCGCCAGGACGAGGAGCACAAGAAGCUCAAGGAGGAGCUCGAGCUGGCCGUCACCCGGGAAAAGGAGUUGGCCAACAAGGCGCGUGAACAGCAACACAGAUACUCGGAUCUGGAAUCUCGCAUGAAGGAUGAGCUGAUGAAUGUGAAAAUCAAGUUCACCGAACAGAGUCAAACGGUUGCCGAACUCAAGCAGGAGAUAUCGCGACUGGAGACAAAGAACUCGGAAAUGCUGGCCGAGGGAGAGCUGCGCGCCAAUCUUGAUGAUUCGGACAAGGUGCGCGACCUGCAGGACAGGUUGGCUGACAUGAAGGCGGAGUUGACGGCACUGAAAAGUCGCGGCAAGUUUCCGGCGACAAAGCUGCGCAGCGCGUCCAUACAAUCCAUCGAAUCGCAGGAGAUUGACUUCAGUGAUCUCAAUAUGGUGCGUCGCGGCAGCACCGAGCUCUCUACAUAAUAUACGGCGCAGCAGGCGAUCGAGUCGAGGAUGGAUCAGAAGCGGAAACAUAAACGGAAACAGCAGCAGCAUAAGGACACACUCCACAAGCAUCCUUUGGAAGAAAUGAUAACGAAUUAUAUCUACACAAUGAUACGCAUUAACCAUAGGCAUCGAUAUCUAUAUAUCUAUAUAGUAUGUUAUAUACAUAUGCGUCUAUGUAUUCUUAGAGGCGUGGAUAUGUUUUGCUUGUGGGUGAGUUCGAAAUGUGCCCGGUCAUAAAUCGACAUAAAUCGACAAAAAACAAAACAAAAAAACAGAAGAAAAA